AUGUCUGACAACCUCCGCAAGGGUCUCGGCGAGCAGGCGUCUGAGAAGCUCACCCCUGACUCCCAGAAGUCCACCACCGACAAGAUCGGCGAGAACGUCUCUGGCGCUGGUGACCGCAUUGCCGGCGCUGUCCAGCCUGAGGGCCAGAAAUCUACCUCCCAGAAGGUCGGUGACACGGUCCGCGGUGGAUCCGACGACGCCUCCCAGCAAGGUGAGGGUGUCCUCAAGCAGGCUCAGGAUGGACUCAGCAACGCUGCAUCCUCCGUCCAGAACGCCCUCGGUGGCAACAAGCAGUAG